AUCAUGUUUGACUGAUCUUUCCCACCGGAUAACAACAACUGCUAUCUGCAGAAAUGUGCUGAUCUAAACUUCUGUUGCUCUUGAACUCCAGAAGCCCUGCUUUGCCGAUGAGGACCACUUAAUCCACGGAAGAGGAGAGAUCCACGUAGCCUCAGCGAAAACAUUGUUUCUUUGGAGUGGCCAUCUCAAUGCUUGCUUGAUGCCAAGGAAUUACAGAUUUUUUUGUGUGGUGGUACAUGUGAGAGGUCGAAAGUGUUUCUCCAACGCGUCCUCCAAAAACUCAGACUGUUUUCCAAAGCAGACGAGUCUCAACCACCUCCUACGGCGGUGAUGGGAAGUGUGAGAACACACAGGUACGGCAUAGUUUCCUCUGAGGAAGGCGGUAUGAAGCUGUCCCCUAUUGCCAUGCAAAAUGGCUACGGCAAUGGAAAUGUGGGUGGCAAAGUGCACAUGCAGCAGCAAGCACAAACCCGCUUCGUCAACAAGGACGGACACUGCAACGUGCAGUUCAUCAAUAUGAGCGAAAAAGGUCAGCGCUACCUGGCUGAUAUCUUCACGACAUGCGUUGACAUCCGUUGGCGUUGGAUGAUGGUCCUCUUCUGCCUCUCCUUCCUAUUGUCCUGGCUUCUUUUCGGACUUAUAUUCUGGCUCAUUGCACUUUCGUCUGGGUACUCGGAGAAUCAAGAGCAGAUAUGCAUUUCGAACGUUGACAGCUUCACGGCAGCAUUCCUGUUUUCCGUGGAGACACAAACAACUAUUGGUUAUGGCUACCGAUAUGUAACAGAGGACUGCCCCUUUGCUGUCUUCAUGGUGGUUUUCCAGAGCAUCUUGGGAUGCAUCAUUGAUGCCUUCAUCAUUGGUGCGGUCAUGGCUAAGAUGGCCAAGCCUAAGAAAAGAAACGAAACCCUUGUGUUCAGUCACUAUGCCACAGUAGCUAUGAGAGAUGGUAAACUUUGUCUAAUGUGGAGGGUCGGGAAUCUCCGGAAAAGCCACCUGGUGGAAGCUCAUGUUCACGCCCAGCUGCUCAAAUCCCGCACCACCGCUGAAGGCGAGUUUAUUCCGCUGGAUCAGAUAGACAUUGAUGUCGGAUUCGACACUGGUAUUGACCGCAUAUUUUUAGUGUCCCCCAUCACCAUCGUGCAUGAGAUUGAUGAGGACAGUCCUUUCUAUGAUAUGAGCAAACAGGAACUGGAAAGUUCGGGGCUGGAGAUAGUGGUGAUAUUGGAGGGCAUGGUGGAAGCUACGGCUAUGACCACUCAGUGUCGCAGCUCUUACGUGACGAGCGAAAUCCUGUGGGGCCAUCGCUUUGAGCCGGUCCUUUUCGAGGAGAAAAACCAUUACAAGGUGGACUACUCACGCUUCGAGAACACCUACGAGGUUCUCAGCACACCUCAAUGCAGCGCUCGAAAUUUGGCCGAAAAGAAGUACAUCAGGUCUAGCUCCAACUCUUUUUGUUACGAGAAUGAAGUAGCAUUCAUUGAUAAAGAGGAAACGGAGGAUGACGACGAUGAUGAUGACGAAGACCAGAAGAACAUCAGAAGGGACAGCGUGGUCUUGGAAGGAUCUAAUAUUGAUGAUGUCAAAACCACAGCUUCCAGUCAGGUUUCUUUACCACUACAAUUCAAACCUUUAAGACAACAGCCUGAGUUAUGACCGAUUUAAGAAAUAUGCAUUGUAUAUGCUGACUAUAUGGUGUGUAGCAUAAAAGGCUGUUUUGCUGCUAUUUUGAAAGCAAAAUGUUGCCAGGAACCCAAAAGUCUGGGUUGCAGAUGUGUUGUAACUUUCACUUAGGCUUGUUAUCUAAGAAGACAGAUCAACAAGCAUUAACUUUCAAAUCAACCCUGACAGUCCAUACGCAAUCAAUUUGUAAUAUAGACAAGAGCAGCACAUAUUGUAGAUAAUAUAAGCUCAGUUAUAAGCUCCAAGCCAAGGAACAG